AUGGACUUUGAUGACGAAGACAAGCCAAAAGAGGUCACUAAAGUCCGGAGGUUUGCGCCUGGUCGUGCCGGAAAGCCCAAACCCAAACCCAAACCCGAACCAACUGUUUCGGAGAAAGCUGAGCCUUCGUCAAAAACAGAGUCUGUGAGCAAGAGUGAGCACGACCAUCCCAAGGUUGAGCCUGAGGUUUACAAUGGCGCUGUUAAGAUGGAGAUUGAUUCCAAGGUUGACAAGGAGAUGGAGGAGAGGACGGAGGUUGAGGUGAUGGAGGUAGAUCAUCACCAGGUUCCUUUGCAGGAGGAGGAGAAGGAAGAAGAGGAAGAAGACGUUGUUGUUCGUGAAAUUGAUGUUUUUUUUAAUCCCUCUAUUGAUGCCAACACUAAGCUUUAUGUUCUGCAAUAUCCUCUAAGGCCGUCGUGGCGUGCAUACGAAAUGGAUGAACGGUGUGAAGAAGUUAGGGUGAAUCCUUCUACCUCCCAGGUGGAAAUUGAUUUGUCUAUGGAUGUUCAAUCGAGCAACUAUGACCCUGAGAAGGGAAGUAAAUUGCGUAUGACUAAGCAGACGUUGACAACAACGUGGAAGCAGCCUCCUACGUUGGACUAUGCUGUUGGGGUUCUUUCCGGUGAUAAGUUACACUUGAAUCCUGUUCAUGCUGUUGUUCAGCUCCGACCGUCUAUGCAGUAUCAUUCUUCCAAAAAGAAUCAAGCAGAACCUACUGAAGAAUCUGCCGGAACAUCAAAAAGACAGAACAAGGGAGUGCAGGCUUCAAAGGACGAGAAACCAGUUCCUGAAGAAAAGUGGGUUUCACUCAAGUAUCAUGGACUUCAAUCCGAAUUUUGCUCCAGAUAUCUUAACGGAAUGAUGGCUAAUGGGAACUCUUCAAUAGACUUCAACAUGACCCCGGAUGCUUAUAUCCACUCACUGUGCCGUGGAGAUAACAGCAGAUACUCUGAGUCAAAAGCUUUAUCCAAAAGGUUAUUAGCCUCCCUACCGCUUGAAGAGCGUCUGAAAACGUUGCUCUGCCAGAAACAGGGAGCUCCGUUAUUUCGAUACAGUGUUCUUAAGCAUUAUGCCCCAGAGUUAUCAGACGAGGAUUUCUUAAAGGUCCUCCAACAAUACGCCUGCCUAGUUCAAGGUUUAUGGACUCCCAAAAAUAAGCUACUAAAACUAGACGCCGGCUCGGAGGGUUUCAGGGACUAUGUCCUGGCCCUGUUCAGCCAGCGUCUAACUAUAAAGUACUCUGAAAUCAAAGCAACUGGUCGCAUUGAGAAGAUCAAACCGUUUUUGACUUUAUAUGCCAAAGAAAGGCCUUUGCUAUGUGAUUGGAAGUUCAAAGAGCCCACUGAUGUUUCCUUCAUUAAAUCCCACUCGGAGAUUGUAAAGGAGCAAGAUAAAAAUUGGAAGGAAGUGGAAGAAAAGUUACAGCCAAAGAUGAUACAAGGAGUAAAAGGUAGAGGUGAUAGUUUGAGGAAUGCUGCAGGUAAAAACAAUCCUUCAGCUACAGCUAAACAAGAGGUGCCAAAAAGUGUCUUUGAACAAGGAGGAAGCUCUAGAAAUGCUAUACCUCGUGUCCCUAGACAAAAUAUGCCAGAUGAUAUCAAGAGAGCGAUACCAAAGGCCUUGAAGAGGGUGUUUCAGACGCAAAAAGUUUGCAGCUACGAGACCAUCUGCCAGAGACUUAGGGAUCUUGCGGUUUCAACUUCGAACAAUCCAAGAGUUGAUUCAGGGAUGGCGCAACAAGUGGCGUUAGCUGUGGAUUCUUACAAGGAAGAUCUCCAGAUCAUUAUCAGUGAAGUGACUGUUGAUAUUCACGGCUCUUUUGUCUCCAAGUCGUCUAUAGACCAUCCAGAAUAUGAUCAACUCAGGAACGUGGUGAUCAAUCUUUUACUGGGGAAUCCACCUGGAGCGAAGAUUAUGAAAGCUGAUGUAUUUGCAGCAGGCAGGAGCAUACUUGGACGUGAAAUCACCAACAAUGAAUACAUGAAGGUGAUGCAUGACCUCUGUGAAACCAACUCUUCAGGAUGGGUCUUACAGAGAGCUCGCUGA